AUGCAACGGUCUUGGCCAUUCCUGGUUCUUCUAAGUUGCCUGUCUAUGUUGGCUGCUGUGAUAACCGAGAACGGAAACGGUCAUACCGGACUCAACGGUGACCAUACCAGCAACUUCAAUGACCUUCGUGGUGGUGGAUUUGCCCCAGAUGGAAACGGUUAUCCGAAUGAUAAGAACGGUUCCAAGCCUAAUCAUGGUCGUUUUGGCGUUGAGAUCGCAGUAACCAACUUCCAAACGCUGUGGUGGUUACUAGGCAAUUCAUACGACAUGCUAAGUGAAAUAAAAUGUUUGUUGAAUUUAGACCAACGACUUUUGAUUACUCGCGAAAUUGUUCGUUGA